GUACCGUAUUUUCGGUGAGACGAUAGAUAUUGCUGUUGGAAAUUGCUUGGACAGAUUUGCUCGGGUUCUCAUGCUCUCUAAUAAUCCCAGCCCUGGAUAUAAUAUCGAACAGCUUGCCAAGAAAGGAGAAAAGUUUAUAGACCUUCCCUAUGCUGUGAAAGGAAUGGAUGUUUCUUUUAGUGGGAUAUUGAGCUACAUCGAAACUACUGCUGAAGAGAAACUAAAAAAUAACGAAUGUACCCCUGCAGACUUGUGUUACUCUCUGCAGGAAACUCUGUUUGCAAUGCUUGUGGAGAUUACAGAGCGGGCAAUGGCACAUUGUGACACGAAGGAUGUGCUAAUUGUGGGUGGUGUUGGAUGCAACGAGCGCUUACAGGAGAUGAUGCGUAUAAUGUGCUCUGAGAGGGGUGGUAACUUAUUUGCAACGGACGAUCGGUACUGUGUUGAUAAUGGGGCGAUGAUUGCUUAUACAGGGCUCCUUGCUUAUGCUCAUGGGAUUUCAACUCCACUCGAAGAUUCCACAUUUACACAACGGUUUAGAACUGAUGAAGUAUUGGCUGUAUGGAGAGGCAAGGAACAUUCUGCAAUGAAUGUUGACGAAAUUAAAAUGGGCUGAAA